UCUGAUUGAAAGAUGGUGGAUGUGAUGUCAGAGUUCGGGGCAGCUGCCCCGUUCUUACGAAAGUCAGACAAGGAGCGUCUGGAGGCCCAAACUCGCCCCUUUGACAUGAAGAAAGAAUGCUUUGUGCCCGACCCUGCGGUUGAGUACGUCAAGGCCUCCAUCACCAGUAGAGACGGUGACAAAGUCACUGUUGACACUGAAUUCGGGAAGACAGUAAUUGUGAAGGAGGUUGAUAUUCACCCCCAGAACCCGCCAAAGUUUGAUAAAAUUGAGGACAUGGUGAUGUUCACCUUCCUGCACGAGCCCGCUGUGCUGUUUAACCUCAAAGAGCGUUACGCAGCCUGGAUGAUCUACACCUACUCUGGGCUCUUCUGUGUCACUGUGAACCCCUACAAGUUUUUGCCAGUGUACAACCAGGAAGUCGUCAAUGCCUAUAGAGGAAAGAAACGAAAUGAGGCCCCUCCACACAUCUUCUCCAUCUCAGACAAUGCCUACCAGUACAUGCUGUCAGACAGAGAAAACCAGUCUGUCCUGAUCACUGGAGAAUCCGGUGCUGGAAAGACUGUGAACACUAAAAAAGUAAUCCAGUACUUUGCGAGCAUUGCAGCAGGAUCAACUGGCAAGAAGGAUCCAUCAAUGGAGAAAAAGGGUACUCUGGAGGAUCAAAUCAUCCAGUGUAAUCCUGCUCUGGAGGCUUUCGGUAACGCCAAGACCAUCAGAAAUGACAACUCCUCCAGAUUUGGUAAAUUUAUCCGUAUACAUUUUGGCCACAGUGGAAAGUUAGCUUCUGCUGACAUUGAGACUUAUCUGCUGGAGAAGUCUCGUGUCACUUUUCAGCUCAAGGCUGAGAGAGACUACCACAUCUUCUAUCAGAUUCUGUCCCAGAGAAGACCAGAACUGCUGGAGAUGCUGCUCAUCACCAACAACCCCUAUGACUACGCCUUUAUCUCCCAAGGAGAAACACAAGUGGCAUCUAUUGAUGACGGUGACGAGCUGCAGGCCACUGAUGAAGCGUUCGAUGUGUUGGGCUUCACCCAGGAAGAGCAGAACAGCAUUUACAAGCUGACUGGUUCCGUCAUGCACUUUGGCAACAUGAAGUUCAAACAGAAGCAAAGAGAGGAACAGGCCGAGGCUGAUGGGACUGAGGAUGCUGACAAAAUCUCAUAUCUGAUGGGCCUAAAUUCAGCUGACUUGAUCAAGGGUUUGUGCCACCCAAGAGUCAAAGUAGGAAAUGAGUGGGUCACUAAGGGACAGAGUGUCCAGCAGGUGUACUACUCUAUUGGUGCUCUGGCAAAGUCAGUGUACGAGAAGAUGUUCCUCUGGAUGGUUGUGAGAAUCAACCAAUCCCUGGCCACCAAACAGCCUCGCCAGUAUUUCAUUGGUGUGCUGGACAUUGCUGGAUUUGAGAUCUUUGAUUCCAACACCUUUGAGCAGCUGUGCAUCAACUUCACUAAUGAGAAGUUGCAGCAGUUCUUCAACCACCACAUGUUUGUGCUGGAGCAAGAGGAAUACAAGAAGGAGGGCAUUGAGUGGGUGUUUAUUGACUUCGGCAUGGACUUGGCAGCAUGUAUUGAGCUUAUUGAGAAGCCCAUGGGUAUCAUGUCCAUCCUUGAAGAGGAGUGCAUGUUCCCGAAAGCCAGUGAUGCAACAUUUAAAGCUAAGCUUUAUGACAACCAUAUGGGGAAAAAUCCAAACUUCCAGAAGCCUAGGAUAAUCAAGGGUAAACCAGAGGCCCAUUUUGGCCUCGUUCACUAUGCUGGUACUGUGGACUACAACAUUUCAAACUGGCUGGUGAAGAACAAAGACCCUCUCAAUGAGACGGUUGUAGGGUUUUUCCAGAAGUCAACUCUUAAGCUGUUGCCUGUUCUGUUUGCUAAUUUCGCUACUGAUGACUCAGCUGCGGAUUCUGGAGGAAAGGCUGCCAAAGGUAGCAAAAAGAAGGGUUCUUCCUUCCAGACGGUGUCAGCCCUUCAUAGGGAGAACUUGAACAAGCUGAUGACCAACUUGAGGUCAACUCACCCUCACUUUGUGCGCUGCCUCAUCCCCAAUGAGAGCAAGACUCCUGGGGCGAUGGAGAAUCCUCUGGUCAUGCACCAGCUGCGCUGUAACGGUGUGCUGGAGGGCAUCAGGAUCUGCAGAAAGGGAUUCCCCAACAGGAUCCUGUAUGGAGAUUUCAAACAACGAUACCGCAUCCUAAAUCCUGCUGCUAUCCCUGAGGGACAGUUCAUUGAUAACAAGAAGGGUGCAGAAAAACUUCUGGGCUCUCUGGACAUCGAUCACGAACAGUACAAGUUAGGACAUACUAAGGUCUUUUUUAAGGCUGGUCUUCUGGGUGCUCUUGAAGAGAUGCGAGAUGACCGUCUUGCACUUAUUAUAACUGGAAUUCAGUCCAUGUCUCGUGGUUUUCUAUCAAGAGAUGAGUUCCAGAAAAUUGUGGAAAGAAGAGAUUCUCUGUUGGUGAUUCAGUGGAAUGUACGUGCUUUCAUGGGUGUCAAGAAUUGGCCCUGGAUGAAGCUCUACUUCAAGAUCAAGCCUCUGCUGAAAAGUGCAGAGUCCGAGAAAGAAAUGGCCAACAUGAAGGAGGAAUUCACCAAGUUGAAGGAGGCUUAUGCCAAAUCUGAAGCCCGCAGAAAGGAGCUUGAGGAAAAGAUGGUUUCUCUUAUCCAAGAAAAGAAUGACCUGCAGCUUUUAGCACAGUCUGAGCAAGAUAAUCUUACAGAUGCUGAGGAGAGAUGUGAGGGUCUGAUCAAGAGCAAGAUCCAGCUUGAGGCCAAAGUCAAAGAAAUGACGGAGAGACUGGAGGAUGAAGAUGAAAUGAAUGCUGAGCUGACUGCAAAGAAACGAAAGCUGGAGGAUGAAUGCUCUGAGCUCAAGAAGGACAUUGAUGAUCUUGAGCUCACUCUGGCCAAAGUGGAGAAAGAGAAACAUGCCACUGAGAACAAGGUUAAAAACCUGACAGAAGAGAUGGCAGCUUUGGAUGAGAUCAUCGCUAAGCUGACCAAGGAGAAGAAAGCUCUUCAGGAGGCCCAUCAGCAAACGCUGGAUGACCUCCAGAGUGAGGAAGACAAAGUCAACACACUCACCAAAGCAAAAACCAAACUGGAGCAACAAGUGGAUGAUCUUGAAGGUUCUCUGGAACAAGAAAAGAAAAUUCGCAUGGAUCUUGAGAGAGCUAAAAGAAAGCUUGAGGGUGACUUGAAGUUGACUCAAGAGAAUGUGAUGGAUUUGGAAAAUGAUAAGCAGCAGGCGGAAGAGCGGCUAAAGAAAAAAGACUUUGAAAUAAGCCAGCUCAAUAGCAAGAUUGAAGACGGACAAGCUUUGGAGUGCCAACUCCAGAAAAAACUGAAAGAGUUGCAGGCCCGAAUUGAAGAGCUUGAGGAAGAACUAGAGGCUGAGAGAGCUGCCCGUGCUAAAGUUGAGAAACAGAGAGCUGAUCUGUCCAGAGAACUGGAGGACAUCAGUGAGAGGUUGGAGGAGGCUGGUGGAGCCACUGCUGCCCAGAUUGAGAUGAACAAGAAACGUGAAGCUGAGUUCCAGAAACUGCGCAGAGACCUUGAAGAGGCCACUCUACAACAUGAGUCCACUGCGGCUGCACUGAGGAAGAAACAUGCAGACAGUGUGGCUGAUCUGGGGGAGCAGAUUGACAACCUCCAGAGAGUGAAGCAGAAGCUGGAGAAAGAGAAGAGUGAACUCAGACUGGAACUGGACGAUGUGGUCUCCAACAUGGAGCAGCUUGCAAAGGCAAAGGCAAACCUGGAGAAAAUGUGCAGAACUCUGGAAGACCAGAUGAGUGAGUACAGAACCAAGGCUGAGGAAGGUCAGCGCACAAUCAAUGAUUUCACCAUGCAGAAAGCCAAGCUGCAAACUGAAAAUGGUGAACUUGCCAGACAGUUUGAGGAGAAAGACUCCCUGGUGACUCAGUUAACCAGAGGCAAACAAUCCAACACUCAGCAAAUUGAAGACCUCAAGAGACAGCUCGAAGAAGAAAUCAAGGCUAAGAAUGCCCUGGCCCAUGCAGUUCAGUCUGCUCGUCAUGAUGCUGAUCUGCUGAGGGAGCAAUAUGAAGAGGAGCAAGAAGCCAAGGCUGAACUGCAGCGUAGUCUGUCCAAGGCAAACUCUGAAGUGGCUCAGUGGAGAACCAAGUAUGAAACUGAUGCCAUCCAGAGGACUGAGGAGCUGGAGGAAGCAAAGAAAAAGCUGACUCAGCGUCUGCAAGAUGCAGAAGAAGCUGUGGAAGCUGUUAAUGCUAAAUGCUCCUCUCUGGAAAAGACCAAGCACAGGCUGCAGAAUGAGAUUGAAGAUCUCAUGGUGGAUGUGGAGAGAUCCAAUGCUGCUGCUGCUGCUCUGGACAAGAAGCAAAGAAACUUUGAUAAAGUCCUGGCUGAGUGGAAGCAGAAGUAUGAGGAGUCCCAAACUGAACUGGAAAGUGCCCAAAAAGAAGCUAGAUCUCUAAGCACUGAACUCUUUAAAUUGAAAAACUCGUAUGAGGAGUCAUUGGACCACCUGGAGAGCAUGAAGAGGGAGAACAAGAAUCUCCAAGAGGAAAUUUCUGACCUCACUGAGCAACUUGGUGAGAGUGGGAAGAAUAUUCAUGAGCUGGAGAAACUGCGAAAACAACUGGAGCAGGAGAAACAAGAGAUACAAACUGCUCUCGAAGAGGCUGAGGGUUCCCUUGAACACGAGGAAGGCAAGAUACUUAGAGCUCAGCUGGAGUUCAAUCAGGUCAAAGCUGAUAUUGAACGUAAGCUGACAGAGAAAGAUGAAGAGAUGGAGCAGGCCAAGAGGAACCAGCAGAGAGUGGUGGAUACCCUGCAAAGCUCACUGGAAUCAGAGACUCGCAGCAGGAAUGAAGCUCUCAGACUGAAGAAGAAGAUGGAGGGAGACCUCAAUGAGAUGGAGAUUCAGCUCAGCCAGGCUAACAGACAGGCAUCAGAAGCCCAGAAGCAACUCAAGGGUCUUCAUGGACAUCUCAAAGAUGCCCAACUGCAACUAGAUGACGCUCUUCGUGGUAAUGAUGAUCUCAAAGAGAACUUCGCCAUUGUGGAGAGACGCAACAAUCUGCUGCAGGCUGAACUGGAUGAGUUGAGAUCCAUGGUGGAACAAACUGAGAGAGGAAGGAAACUGGCUGAGCAGGAACUGCUGGAUGUCAGUGAGAGAGUUCAGCUCCUGCAUGCCCAGAACACCAGCCUGCUGAAUCAGAAGAAGAAGCUGGAGGGAGAUAAUACUCAGCUUCAGACUGAGUUUGAGGAGGCAGUGCAGGAGUGCAGGAAUGCUGAGGAAAAAGCCAAAAAGGCCAUCACUGAUGCUGCCAUGAUGGCAGAGGAGCUGAAGAAGGAGCAGGACACCAGUGCUCAUCUGGAGCGCAUGAAGAAGAACAUGGAGCAGACCAUCAAGGACCUGCAGCACCGUCUGGAUGAGGCUGAGCAGAUCGCCAUGAAGGGAGGCAAGAAGCAGGUCCAGAAACUGGAAGCCAGAGUGAGAGAGCUGGAAAGUGAGGUGGAGAUAGAACAGAGAAAGGCCAGUGACUCGGUCAAGGGGAUUCGUAAAUAUGAGAGACGUAUCAAGGAGCUCACCUACCAGACUGAGGAAGACCGAAAGAAUCUGGCUCGCCUGCAGGAUCUGGUGGACAAACUCCAGCUGAAGGUCAAAUCCUACAAGAGAUCUGCUGAGGUGGCGGAAGAACAAUCCAAUUCCAAUCUGGGCAAGUUCCGUAAGAUACAGCAUGAGCUGGAUGAGGCAGAGGAGAGGGCUGAUAUUGCUGAAUCUCAGGUCAACAAGCUGAGAGCCAAGACUCGUGAUACAGGAUCAAAUAAAAAGCCUCAUCAUCUCUGUUGCGUGCCGGAAGGCACUGCUCGGCUGGAAUACGGAGUCCUUCAGGAGCACAGUGACCUGACCCCUAUAGAAGGAGUCGUCAACAGUCUCUGGUAUCUCAACAUUGAGAUCCCUCACAGAGAUGAAUUCGGACAGGUGGGCGACCCCAUGACGUCGUUCAUCAGCUGCAGUUAUCUGCUCAAGUUCCAUGUUCAGCUCAUCAAAGAAAGUGUCAAAGAUUUCAAAAUGGGUGACGCCGUAAUGGCAGAGUUCGGGUCAGCUGCUUCAUUCUUACGAAAGUCAGACAAGGAGCGUCUGGAGGCCCAAACUCGCCCCUUCGACAUGAAGAAGGAAUGCUUUGUGCCCGACCCUGAGGUUGAGUAUGUCAAAGCCUCCAUCAUCAGUAGAGAUGGUGACAAAGUCACUGUUGACACUGAAUUUGGAAAGACAGUUACUGUGAAGGACGUUGAUGUUCACCCCCAGAACCCGCCAAAGUACGAUAAAAUUGAGGACAUGGCGAUGUUCACCUUCCUGCACGAGCCCGCUGUGCUGUUUAACCUCAAAGAGCGUUACGCAGCCUGGAUGAUCUACACCUAUUCAGGGCUGUUCUGUGUCACUGUCAACCCAUACAAGUGGCUGCCAGUGUACGAUUCCUCUGUGGUCAAAGCCUACAGAGGCAAGAAAAGGACUGAAGCUCCUCCUCACAUCUUCUCCAUCUCUGACAAUGCAUAUCAGUACAUGCUGUCAGACAGAGAGAACCAGUCUGUUCUGAUCACUGGAGAAUCCGGUGCUGGAAAGACUGUGAACACCAAGAGAGUAAUCCAGUAUUUUGCCAGUAUUGCUGCUGUAAGUGGGAAAAAGGAUGCAGCUUCUGAGAAAAAGGGUACCCUGGAGGAUCAAAUCAUCCAAGCCAAUCCUGCCCUGGAGGCCUUUGGCAAUGCCAAGACCAUCAGGAAUGACAAUUCCUCCCGAUUCGGUAAAUUCAUCCGAAUUCACUUUGGUGUGAGUGGAAAAUUGUCUUCCGCAGAUAUUGAGACUUAUCUGCUGGAGAAGUCGCGUGUCACUUAUCAGCUCAAGGCUGAGAGAGACUACCACAUCUUCUAUCAGAUUCUGUCUCAGAAGAAACCAGAACUGCUGGAGAUGCUGCUCAUCACAAACAACCCCUAUGACUACUCUUACAUAUCCCAAGGAGAAACACAAGUGGCAUCUAUUGAUGAUGCUGAAGAGCUGAUUGCCACUGAUGAAGCCUUCGAUGUUCUGGGCUUCACUCCAGAUGAAAAGUCUGGCAUCUACAAGCUGACUGGUGCCGUCAUGCACUACGGCAACAUGAAGUUCAAGCAAAAGCAAAGAGAGGAACAGGCCGAAGCUGAUGGGACUGAAGAUGCUGACAAAGUUGCAUAUCUGAUGGGCCUGAACUCUGCUGAUCUCCUCAAGGGUCUGUGCCACCCAAGAGUCAAAGUUGGAAAUGAGUGGGUCACCAAGGGACAGAGUGUCCAGCAGGUGUACUACUCUAUUGGUGCUCUGGCAAAGUCUGUGUACGAGAAGAUGUUCCUCUGGAUGGUUGUGAGAAUCAACCAAUCCCUGGACACCAAACAGCCUCGCCAGUACUUCAUUGGUGUGCUGGACAUAGCUGGAUUUGAGAUCUUUGAUUUCAACACCUUUGAGCAGCUGUGCAUCAACUUCACUAAUGAGAAGUUGCAGCAGUUCUUCAACCACCACAUGUUUGUGCUGGAGCAAGAGGAAUACAAGAAGGAGGGCAUUGACUGGGAGUUUAUUGACUUUGGCAUGGACUUGGCAGCAUGCAUUGAGCUUAUUGAGAAGCCCAUGGGUAUCAUGUCCAUCCUUGAAGAGGAGUGCAUGUUCCCGAAAGCCAGUGAUGCAACAUUUAAAGCUAAGCUUUAUGACAACCACUUGGGGAAAAAUCCUUCUUUCCAAAAGCCUAGGAUUGUCAAGGGUAGACCAGAGGCCCAUUUUGCCCUCGGUCACUAUGCUGGCACUGUGGACUACAACAUUUCAAACUGGCUGGUGAAGAACAAGGACCCUCUCAAUGAGACUGUGGUCGGACUUUUCCAAAAGUCUACCGUGAAGCUGUUGUCUGUUCUGUUUGCUGGAUAUUCAGGGGCUGACGCAACUCAAGACGCUAAAGGUAAAGGUGCUAAAAAGAAGGGUUCUUCUUUCCAAACUGUUUCAGCCCUCCAUAGGGAGAACUUGAACAAGCUGAUGACCAACUUAAGGUCAACUCACCCUCACUUUGUGCGCUGCCUCAUCCCCAAUGAGACUAAGACUCCUGGGGCGAUGGAGAAUCCUCUGGUCAUGCACCAGCUGCGCUGUAACGGUGUGCUGGAGGGCAUCAGGAUCUGCAGAAAGGGAUUCCCCAACAGGGUCCAGUAUGGAGAUUUCAAACAACGAUAUCGCAUCCUUAAUCCUGCUGCUAUCCCUGAGGGACAGUUCAUUGAUAACAAGAAGGGUGCAGAAAAACUUCUGGGCUCUCUGGACAUCGAUCACACCCAGUACAAGUUAGGACAUACAAAGGUGUUUUUUAAAGCUGGUCUUCUGGGAACUCUUGAAGAGAUGCGAGAUGACCGUCUUGCACUUAUUAUAACUGGAAUUCAGUCCAGGGCUCGUGGUUUUCUAUCAAGACUUGAGUUCCAGAAAAUUGUGGAAAGAAGAGAUUCUCUGUUGGUGAUACAGUGGAACAUACGUGCUUUCAUGGGUGUCAAGAAUUGGCCCUGGAUGAAGCUCUACUUCAAGAUCAAGCCUCUGCUGAAAAGUGCAGAGACUGAGAAAGAAAUGGCCAACAUGAAGGAAGAAUUCACCAAGUUGAAGGAGGCUUAUGCCAAAUCUGAAGCCCGCAGAAAGGAGCUUGAGGAAAAGAUGGUUUCUCUUCUCCAAGAGAAGAACGACCUACAGCUUUCAGUGCAGUCUGAGCAAGAUAAUCUUACAGAUGCUGAGGAGAGAUGUGAGGGUCUGAUCAAGAGCAAGAUCCAGCUUGAGGCCAAAGUCAAGGAGCUGACUGAGAGGCUGGAGGAUGAAGAGGAGAUGAAUGCAGAGUUGGUUGCAAAGAAACGAAAGCUGGAGGAUGAAUGCUCUGAGCUCAAGAAGGACAUUGAUGAUCUUGAGCUCACUCUGGCCAAAGUAGAGAAAGAGAAACAUGCCACUGAGAACAAGGUUAAAAACCUCACUGAGGAAAUGACAGCACUGGAUGAAAUCAUCGCUAAGCUGACUAAGGAGAAGAAAGCUCUUCAGGAGGCUCAUCAGCAAACGCUGGAUGACCUCCAGAGUGAGGAAGACAAAGUCAACACACUCACCAAAGCCAAAGCCAAGCUGGAGCAACAAGUGGAUGAUCUUGAGGGAUCCUUGGAGCAAGAAAAGAAACUGCGCAUGGACCUUGAGAGGGCGAAGAGAAAGCUGGAGGGUGAUUUAAAAUUGACCCAAGAGAGCAUUAUGGAUUUGGAAAAUGAUAAACAGCAAAUGGAGGAGAAGCUAAAGAAGAAGGACUUUGAAACUGGACAGCUCAACAGCAAAAUUGAGGAUGAACAAGCUCUUGGUGCCCAGCUCCAGAAGAAACUGAAGGAACUGCAGGCUCGUAUUGAAGAGCUUGAGGAAGAGCUGGAGGCUGAGAGAGCUGCUCGUGCUAAAGUUGAGAAACAGAGAGCUGAUCUGUCCAGAGAACUGGAGGAGAUCAGUGAGAGGUUGGAGGAGGCUGGUGGAGCCACUGCUGCCCAGAUUGAGAUGAACAAAAAACGUGAAGCUGAGUUCCAGAAACUGCGCAGAGACCUUGAAGAGGCCACUCUGCAUCAUGAAUCCACUGCAGCUACACUGAGGAAGAAACAUGCAGACAGUGUGGCUGAUCUGGGGGAGCAAAUCGACAACCUCCAGAGAGUGAAGCAGAAGCUGGAGAAAGAGAAGAGUGAACUGAAGUUAGAGCUUGAUGAUGUGGUCUCCAACAUGGAACAAGUUGUCAAGUCAAAGAGCAACCUGGAGAAAAUGUGCAGAACUCUGGAAGACCAGAUGAGUGAGUACAGAACCAAGGCUGAGGAAGGUCAGCGCACUAUCAAUGAUUUCACCAUGCAGAAAGCCAAGCUGCAAACUGAGAAUGGUGAACUCUCCAGACAGCUUGAGGAGAAAGACUCCCUAGUGUCUCAGUUGACCAGAGGCAAGCAGUCCUACACUCAGCAAAUUGAAGACCUCAAGAGACAACUCGAGGAGGAAAUCAAGGCUAAGAAUGCCCUGGCCCAUGCAGUUCAGUCUGCUCGUCAUGAUUCUGAUCUGCUGAGGGAGCAAUAUGAAGAGGAGCAAGAAGCCAAGGCUGAGCUACAGCGUAGUAUGUCCAAAGCAAACACUGAAGUGGCUCAGUGGAGAACCAAGUAUGAAACUGAUGCCAUCCAGAGAACUGAGGAGCUGGAAGAUGCUAAAAAGAAAUUGGCUCAGCGUCUGCAAGAUGCAGAAGAAGCUGUGGAAGCUGUCAAUGCUAAAUGCUCCUCUCUGGAGAAGACCAAGCACAGGCUGCAGAAUGAGAUUGAAGAUCUCAUGGUGGAUGUGGAGAGAUCCAAUGCUGCUGCUGCUGUUCUGGACAAGAAGCAAAGAAACUUUGACAAGGUUUUGGCUGAGUGGAAGCAGAAGUAUGAGGAGUCUCAAACUGAACUAGAAAGUGCCCAGAAGGAGUCUAGAUCUCAGAGCACUGAACUCUUCAAAUUGAAGAACUCAUAUGAAGAAGUCCUGGAUCAUCUUGAGACCAUGAAGAGAGAGAACAAGAACCUUCAAGAGGAAAUUUCUGACCUCACUGAGCAACUUGGAGAGACAGGAAAAAGCAUCCAUGAGUUGGAGAAAAUUAGGAAGCAGCUGGAGCAGGAAAAAGCAGAAAUCCAGACAGCCUUGGAGGAAGCUGAGGGCUCCCUUGAACACGAGGAAGGAAAGAUUUUGAGAGCUCAACUGGAGUUUAAUCAAGUAAAAGCUGAUAUUGAACGUAAGCUGACGGAGAAAGAUGAAGAGAUGGAGCAGGCCAAGAGGAACCAGCAGAGAGUGGUGGAUACCCUGCAGAGCUCACUGGAAUCAGAGACUCGUAGCAGGAAUGAAGCUCUCAGACUGAAGAAGAAGAUGGAGGGAGACCUCAAUGAGAUGGAGAUUCAGCUCAGUCAGGCUAACAGACAGGCAUCAGAAGCCCAGAAGCAACUCAAGGGUCUUCAUGGACAUCUCAAAGAUGCCCAACUGCAACUAGAUGACGCUCUUCGUGGUAAUGAUGAUUUUAAAGAAAACAUCGCCAUUGUGGAGAGACGCAACAAUCUGCUGCAGGCUGAACUGGAUGAGCUGAGAUCCAUGGUGGAACAAACUGAGAGAGGAAGGAAACUGGCUGAGCAGGAACUGCUGGAUGUCAGUGAGAGAGUUCAGCUCCUGCAUUCUCAGAAUACCAGCCUACUGAAUCAGAAGAAGAAGCUGGAGGGAGAUAAUUCUCAGCUUCAGACUGAGGUUGAGGAGGCAGUGCAGGAGUGCAGGAAUGCUGAGGAAAAAGCCAAGAAGGCCAUCACUGAUGCUGCCAUGAUGGCAGAGGAGCUGAAGAAGGAGCAGGACACCAGUGCUCAUCUGGAGCGCAUGAAGAAGAACAUGGAGCAGACCAUCAAGGACCUGCAGCACCGUCUGGAUGAGGCUGAGCAGAUCGCCAUGAAGGGAGGCAAGAAGCAGGUCCAGAAACUGGAGGCCAGGGUGAGGGAUUUGGAAAAUGAGGUGGAGCUUGAACAGAGAAAGGCGAGCGAGUCUGUGAAAGGAGUCCGUAAAUAUGAGAGACGCAUCAAGGAGCUCACCUACCAGACUGAGGAGGACCGUAAGAAUCUGGCUCGCCUGCAGGAUCUGGUGGACAAACUCCAGCUGAAGGUCAAGUCCUACAAGAGAUCUGCUGAGGAAGCUGAGGAACAGUCCAAUGUUAAUCUGGGCAAGUUCCGUAAGAUACAGCAUGAGCUGGAUGAGGCAGAGGAGAGGGCUGAUAUUGCUGAAUCUCAGGUCAACAAACUUAGAGCCAAAAGUCGUGAUUCAGGUUCCAAGAAAGGACACGAUGAAGAGUAAUUCUCCACUAUAAUUCUGCGUGCUGUGAAGCCAUGUUCAUGUGCUGGUUCUGAUGUAGCAUUAAAAACUGCAAUUAUGAA